AUGGCAGAGACCAGUGACAUGACCAUCAACCUUCUUAUGCUUGGAAGAACUCAGACUGGUAAAAGUGCUGCUGGGAACACACUGCUCGGCAGCUACGACUUCAAAAGUCAUCUCUCCCCAAGCUCUGUGACUACUUGCUGCAGCCUGGGACGCAGCAGCCGCAUUUUGGGGAUUAUACGAAGGAACGGCUGUGAGGUAGCUCUCCGUGUUCAAAUACUCGACACUCCAAGCUACCCCCACAGCAGUCUCAGCAAAGAGCAGGUACAAGACGAAGUGAGAAGAGCCGUGGCUCAACAAUUCAGAGAAGGUCUACAUCUAGCUCUCCUGGUCCUGCGGGCUGACUUGCCUCUGUGUCCUGAUGACAAUGAUCAGACAACUCAGUUCAUCCAGGAACUUCUGGGUCCCACAUGGAAGGAUUUCACCGUAGUUGUACUUACUCAUGGAGACAAGGCAGAAGAAGCUGGAUUCAGUGAUGAUACUUAUUUGCACAGUGCCUCAAGUACCGUGUUGUCACUUUUGAGCUCAGUACAGCUCAAAUACAUUUUCCUAGACAACCAGAAGAGUAUAAUUAAAGAGGAAAGGGCUACAAUCUUAAGAAAGCUCUUGGAUUUUAUAAGAAAAAAUGAUUAUCAACGGCUUCUACUUAAACACACAAAGGGAUAAGUUUUCAGGUACUCAUUUACCUGUUUUUUAUUGUACAUAACAUUUAAUAGA